GCCUAGCAACAGCCUAGAGAGGGGAGGGAGUGAGGGGACUGAGCAGGCUCAUGUCAGACACUCUCCAAUGAACCUGGGAAGUUUUCUUGUUACAAACACAGCAGCCAACAGAGGCAAAGCUAUUAGGAACUAGAAAAAAAUAACCAUUCGAUGGUGACAAACAUUGGAAGGGUACCAUUAAAUACUAGAAACACUACGAUCGAAAGAAAACAUCGAUGGUUCAGAAACAUCGGUAAUCGAUGUCCAUCCCUGUGACCUGUGACGGAGAUUGGUGGGCGGUGCAGGAAGGUGAGGUGCAUGCUGCAGGAGUCGAGGUGGUAGCCUGUUGUGUGACAACAUGUCUGACAGGUGUAGUUUGAAGUAAUCAUGUUGACGCUGCAUUUAUUACCCCGGCUGAGUGUCCUAUCUGAUCAGCUGCGCCAGUGCCAAGCUGUAAUUUACAAAUGUAUAUAUCUUCAAACCUUAUUGUCAGCCCCUCACUUGUCACAUCAUCGUCAUCUGUCCACUAGCUCUUCACUAUGUGCAAAACCUCCACAUCUGGCCAAAAUGAAGAAAGAUGUGACUGAGAAGAAGCUGAAACGUUAUUUUGUUGAUCACCGCAAAGUCCGCAUAGUGGGAGGAGCUGGUGGAAAUGGCGCCUGCUGUUUCCUCAGUGAACCACGGAAGGAGUUUGGAGGACCAGAUGGGGGAGAUGGUGGAAAUGGAGGCAGUGUGAUUUUCAAAGUGGAUCCUUGUGUAAAGUCUUUCUCCGCUGUUAGUCCUGUGUACCAGGGAGCAGAAGGUGAGCGUGGACGUAGCAAAAAUUGUUAUGGAAAAAAUGGAGAGACCCUCUACAUUAAGGUUCCUAUUGGAACACUAGUGAAAGAGGAUGGAGUGGUCCUUGUGGAUCUGUCCACACCAGGGGAAGAGUUUGUAGCUGCUCAUGGAGGCUCCGGUGGAAAAGGAAACAGAUUUUUCCUCAGCAACGAGAAUAGAGCACCUAUGACAGCAACACCGGGCGAUCAUGGGGAAGAGCGGUGCCUGCAGCUGGAACUGAAAACCAUGGCACAUGCUGGCAUGGUGGGUUUUCCUAAUGCUGGAAAGUCGUCUCUGUUGCGCCUUCUUACAAAUGCCCGUCCUGCUGUGGCAGACUACCCCUUCACUACCCUCAAUCCUCACGUUGGUGUCAUCAAUUAUCAAGAUCAUGAACAAAUUGCUGUGGCUGACGUUCCUGGCAUCAUUGAAGGAGCCCAUAUGAACCGGGGUUUGGGCCUCUCGUUCCUCCGGCACAUUGAGAGAUGUCGUUUUCUCCUCUAUGUGAUAGAUCUCGCACACCCGGAGCCCUGGAGCCAGCUGCACUCUCUGCAAUUUGAGCUGAGACAGUUUGAUGAGGGCCUCCCCCUCCGUCCUCAUGUGAUUGUAGCUAACAAAUUGGACCUUCCAAACGCUAGGAAGACCCUGGAGCACCUGCGGCAAAAGGCAGAAGGCAAGAUAAUUGCAGUUUCUGCCUUGACUGGGGAGAAUGCUGAGGAACUUGUUAUUCAUCUCCGGGAGAUGUAUGAUGGACACAGACCAGGAGGCAAGAAGACUGAGCCUUAUGAAGGCUGGUAACAAACUUUCAGUUAUUGUUGGAAAAUAUUAAAAUCAGCCUUAAGCAAGAAUAUUUGGAUGACCACAACACAAAAACUGAUGCAAAGUCUGACAUUCUCUAUGUUUUAUGAGGAUUGCAACUGAAUUAUUUAUUAAGUUUAUUGACCUCAGUUAAUAUACAUUCAUCAUCUGAAUAAUACUCAAACUUGUCACUAGGUGGAGAUAUAGGACAUGUUACUAGUCCUGUUCAUGUAUCCUAGUCAGAGACUGGUUAACAGAAAAAUGAAUCUACUUAUCUCAUGUACUGAAAAGCUUCAAGAACACUGAAUGACAUUUGUUUUCUAAAAAAAAUAAAAAUCUAUAUUCUUUUGAGCUAUAAAU